UGCAGUGGUGCUUUUCUCCUCACAUACUGAGUUAACGUAUAGUAUGCAUUCAUAGUCAUAGGAUGCGCCUGCGGUAUAUAAGCGUCACAUCGCCUCUGAGCAGCAGCUGCAGCAGCAGCCUGUUGUUUACGGUCUGCUGCUGCGGAUGUAAUUGUCAGCGGACGCGGUGCUGGCUGCCUGUCAAAGCGCAACGGGAGGUAACCAACGCAGGUUGUCCCAGAGGUUGCCAGAUAGGAACAAGGGGCCAUAGCGUCCACUCUCGCUCUGCAGUUCCUGAUGUCUCAGCCCUUAAACGACAGCACCAUGGCCGAUCGGGAAGGAUCUGAGAAGUUGAACGGCAGCAACAGCCACUCUUCAGGUCCCCAGGAGCCUCCCAAAGAAGGCAUGCAGCUUAAAAAGGAGAUCUCGCUGCUCAACGGAGUCAGCCUGAUCGUAGGGAAUAUGAUUGGCUCCGGCAUCUUCGUCUCCCCAAAGGGUGUACUCAUCUACAGCACCUCUUACGGGCUGUCUCUCGUCAUCUGGGCCAUCGGGGGCCUGUUCUCUGUGUUUGGGGCCCUCUGCUAUGCUGAGCUUGGUACCACAAUAACUAAAUCAGGGGCUUCAUAUGCAUACAUUUUGGAGUCAUUUGGUGGUUUCAUUGCAUUUAUUCGUCUGUGGACAUCUUUAUUGAUCAUUGAACCCACGAGCCAGGCAGUCAUUGCCAUUACGUUUGCAAACUAUCUGGUGCAGCCGCUCUUUCCAACAUGUGAACCACCAUACACAGCAGCCAGGCUCAUCGCUGCAGCGUGUAUAUGUUUACUGACAUUUAUCAACUCUGCCUAUGUAAAAUGGGGCACCCGCGUGCAGGACAUUUUCACCUAUGCCAAAGUGGCGGCCCUCAUCGUCAUCAUCGCCACUGGCAUCGUCAAGUUGUGCCAGGGCUACACAAACAACUUUGAGUCAUCAUUCGAAGGCUCAUCCACAGAUCCUGGUGACAUCGCACUGGCGCUGUACUCCGCGCUCUUCUCUUACUCCGGCUGGGACACCCUGAACUUUGUAACAGAAGAGAUCAAAAACCCAGAGAGGAACCUACCCCUGGCCAUCGCCAUCUCUAUGCCCAUCGUCACCAUCAUCUACAUCCUCACCAAUGUGGCCUACUAUGCUGUGCUGGAUGUCAGUGCUAUACUGGCCAGCGAUGCUGUGGCAGUGACUUUUGCAGAUAACACACUGGGUGUUAUGAGCUGGACUAUCCCCAUUGCAGUGGCUUUAUCCUGCUAUGGAGGCCUCAAUGCUUCCAUUAUAGCUGCAUCCAGGUUGUUCUUUGUGGGCUCACGUGAGGGUCACCUUCCAGAUGCUCUGUCCAUGAUCCACAUACAGAGAUUCACUCCGAUCCCUGCUCUGAUUUUCAAUUGUGUCAUGUCACUGAUAUACCUGACAGUGGAGGAUGUUUUCCAGCUUAUCAACUACUACAGCUUUAGCUACUGGUUCUUCAUGGGUCUGUCCAUCGCUGGCCAGAUCUACCUCCGUUGGAAGCAGCCUGACAGACCUCGACCUCUCAAGCUGACGCUGUUUUACCCGGUGGUCUUCUGCCUGUGUACCGUUUUCCUGGUGGCGGUUCCUCUCUACAGCGACACGAUCAACUCUCUGAUUGGCAUUGCCAUUGCACUGUCGGGUGUGCCUGUCUACUUCCUAGGAGUCCAUCUACCAGAGUCCAAACGUCCACCCAUUAUCACCAAGUUUCUGCGUUCACUGACUUACUUCACCCAGUACACCUGCUUCUGUGUACUGACAGAGAUGGACAAAAGCCAGUAGUGCCCGCUAUGCUUCAUACAGAGGAUCCUGCAGGGAAAGAAGCAUUUACAGCACUUCUAUUGUCUGUCGUGGUAAAACUGUCAGACUUCACUUAGUUGUUUACAACAAUGAAGAUGCUGCCACACAAACACAAGCUCACAGAUAUAUACCAAGAUUACGAGGAGACGAUGUUGUACUGUAUAUUUCAUCACACUAUAUAUUGACUUCGUAUUAUAACGAUGCACCGCUGUAGCUUCACCAGUAACUAAACAUACUUGAUGCCUUUUAAAAAGUAUGUGCCUGAGAUUUUACUGGUGCUGUGUACAUGACCUUGAGAAUUAUGCAAGUAUUGUACAGACUUAACUCAAGUCACGUGUUCAAACAAUUCCUCAUCAGGAAAUUGUCGGACAUAUUUGUGUAAUGAUGUUAAAAAGGGAUGAAAGUAUCUGCUGCUAUUUGAAAAUGUCUCAUCCAAAUGUUUUUUCCUUCCUGUAUGUUGGCGCCAUCUAGUUCAGCCGUUUUGGUGAGUUUUAGUAUAUUAACUUUUUGGCUUUAUAUGAUAGAACUUCACAUUUUUGCAUUUGUAUUUAAUGACUUUUUGAAUGUUAUAGUACUGUUUCAUUAAAUUGUAGAACAUUUGCACACUAAAGUAAACUAUGCUUCAAACACCUCAGAUCUUAUUUCAUCUAUUUAGCUUCAAAUUUGCCUUUUCAGGAGUUGCCUCUUGUGUGAUUCACAGUUGCAUUUAGCUGCAAAUUCAUAUCUACA